GAGACUCCAGAAGGCAUAAGGCGCUUUUACCUUGACAUCAUGGCGCCAGCCCAUCCGGAGCAUUAUGCCCUCGGCCCGUAUCCGAUUGGUAUCGUCGAAACUAUCGGGGAGCACAUUUGCCGUGUACGCAUCGACAACACUGUCGAAGUACCGCAAUUUGUGCGGGAUUAUGGCGACUCUACAUACGACAAAAAGCUCCCGGUAACUUGUUAUCUAGAUGAUGGUACCGUCUUCUUCUAUGGUUUCCAGGAGCUUAGAGACACAGAACAUGGGUGCGACUUCAGAAUUCGGAUAAUAUUCCCGGCUGCAUCGCCUCAGAUUCUCUUUGACGAACAUACUGAGCAUCUGGCCAUUGAGUUCAGGAGCUGGAUCAUGGCUGUUUCUGAAAGCUGUUACAAGUAAUUGGGUGGCAUUGUCGGGGAAAGCAUGAUAAUCAUCUGUGUUCUCGCAGGCCGCCCUUGCAGGUGGUCAGCGAAAGCGAAGGCUGUGCAUAACACAGUCUUACAUAGCCGAGGAAAUACUGUACCUCCUAAUUGCCCUCAAAUUGAUUCUUUA